CAGUGGGAGUUCGGCUGUCCAUUUUGGCUAACUCGGUUGUUUUAUUUACAUUGCGAUACGUCUAGCUAUCUUGUCUCGGUGAUUGUUACCGGUGACGAGAGUAACUUAAUUCUGAGUGUGUGAUGUAUAUGAGUGAUCUAGUCGUUGUUUAGCGGUCUUAUUAAAUACAGUUUCCUGGCCCUGGCUUGAAUUAGCCGGGACCGGGGCUCGCGCACGAAACUAGCCUGCUAGCUACAAAACUGAUCAGUGUUACAGGUUUCCAUAUUCAGUUUAUUUAAAAAAUAUAUAUAUAUAUAUAUAUAUAAAAUAUAGAAUACAAGAGUACGAUUUGGGGUGUCAGCUAUGGCGGUUGUAAACGAAGGAGCGCUUAAAAAGAUGCUUAAGCAAUACAAAUAUCGUGACCUGACAGUUCGUGAGAUCACAAAUGUUAUCCUGCAAUACAAAGACCUUAAACCGCUGAUGGAUGCUUAUGUUUUCAAUGAUGGAUCAACAAGGGAGCUAAUGAGUUUAACUGGGACAGUGCCGGUGAGCUACAGAGGAAACGUAUACAAUAUUCCUGUGUGUCUAUGGCUGUUGGACACAUACCCCUACAACCCGCCCAUUUGUUUCGUAAAACCAACGAGCGCGAUGAUGAUCAAGACCGGGAAACAUAUCGAUGCAAACGGCAAGAUCUACCUGCCAUAUCUUCACGAAUGGAAGCAUCCUCAGUCUGACCUAUACGGCCUGAUCCAAGUGAUGAUUGUUGUUUUUGGAGAAGAGCCUCCAGUGUUCUCUCGGCCUACGACUCAGCCCGCCUACCAGGCUUUCCAGGCCGCAGGACCUCCAAAUCAGGCAUAUAUGUCUGGCAUGCCUGCUGUAUCAGCCUAUGGGCCAAACCCUAAUCCAUGUGGCUACCCAGGAUAUUCUUACCCUGGAGGGAGCGCGUAUCCUGCCACGGGGGGUCCUGCUCACUACCAGUCCCAACCGCAAGUCACCACUGUGGGUCCGAGUCGAGAUGCCACCAUUGGGGAGGACACUAUCCGUGCCUCUCUCAUCUCGGCAGUGAGUGAUAAACUGCGCUGGAGGAUGAAGGAGGAGAUGGAUCGGGCUCAGGCAGAGCUGGACGCACUUAAGCGCACUGAAGAGGAUCUGAAGAAGGGCCAUCAGAAGCUGGAGGAGAUGGUGUCCAGGCUCGACCAGGAAGUGACUGAGGUGGACAGGAAUAUUGAGCUCUUAAAGAAGAAAGAUGAAGAACUGACAGAGGCUCUGGAGAAAAUGGAGAAUCAGUCAGAGAACAAUGAUAUUGAUGAUAUCAUUGUUCCCACAGCGCCACUCUACAAGCAGAUCCUGAACCUGUACGCGGAGGAGAACGCCAUCGAAGACACCAUCUUCUACCUCGGAGAGGCUCUGCGCCGAGGCGUCAUUGAUCUGGAGGUCUUUCUCAAGCAUGUCCGCCUGCUCUCCAGGAAACAGUUCCAGCUGCGAGCGCUUAUGCAGAAGGCUCGGAAGACUGCUGGACUCAGUGACCUCUACUGACCCCACUGCCAUCUGAACUCCAUUUCUUUCUGUCUGUAUUCUGUUUCUUAAACAUUUGUGUAACCCCCACCCCAAAUUACAAGACACUGGAUAAUCUCCGUUAUACCACCAUGCUGUUGAACCUUCAAAUUUGAUUGGUCAGUGGGUGUUGACCAGGGUGUUGACCAGCAGCUCUGACAGUAGCACCAGCCCCAAGGCAAAUCACAGGUUUCUACUAAUGCGCUCAUUUUAAGCUUAUCAUUUCAAAAGUAACUGCAUGUUCACAGGGACUUGUAUGGCAGAUGCUCCAUAUAAUGCUCCACAUAAUAAACCUCUAAUAAUAAAACAGAUUCAAAAACACGUUGUUAGCUAACAUAAUUGUUGAUACGACGCAGUUUUCUGUAAAGAGAUGUUAUUUACUAUUUAUGGAAGGAGUCACGAAUGUCGGCGCGUUGUAAAAGUCAGUAAGUUCUCAAUCACCGGAGAAUCUACAGGACAGAGGACUUUUUACUUUCUCGUUCAAGAGAUAAUGAGGUACCGACCGUUUAUAGCCGCUAGAAUGCAAGUUUGAACAAGAAAUUGUUACAUUAACUGUAAAUAUACAGUAUACAGAUAAAAAAGAUGACUUUUUAAAAAAUUAACGUAAUUGUUGGCAAAUUGCUGUUGUCUAAGAGGAAUAAAACACUUUCUUGCAACAUACCGUUAUAGGAAAAUAAUCAGCUCCAGCUUCGUGUCAGGCCACAUCACACCAUCCUGUAAGUGAUUAUUUUCCUACAACAUAGCCUAUUGUUUUAUUCCUUACUUAAUAAUCAGAUUAAAUUCAGUAAUUAGGGCAGAUACACAAUAACUGUUUAAUAGACUGGAGACAAGAUUACAGGUGGGGAUUUCUUUCUUCAUGCAUAGAGAAAAAAAACGAAGUUAUGCACACCUUUCAGUGUCUUUUGACUUCAUUUUAUCUCUAUUUCCGUUCUGCCUUCUUGGUACUAACGUUUUUAAGCUUUAUGUAGCUUACGAUAGGUCCUUUUUAUAGCAAAAUCUGAUGGCUCUGACGAUGGGUUUAGUUUUUCACCAACACUCCAACAUGUAGCCCAGUCAGUUGCUGCUGCUCUCCUCCACACUCCUUUUAUUUUCAUUCUGAGCCAAACACGAUCACCUUUCGGGAAGGACAGGAAGAACUUUGUAACGUUUAGAUCGUUUUACUCCUGUGCUUCUGACCAAAGCCUGACGUGUUCUGGUUCAGUCGUGGUGGUGACAACCAUCACUCAUGUAACUGUUUCAAAUUCGACAUUUCAAUUGUUAAGUGGUACCUUUUACUGUCCAAUUUGUGAUUGUGUGUGUGAGACUGUAUAGUGUGAAAGUAUUAGCUUUGGGACGAGAGCUAAUUUUGUAAUCCUUUAAAUAGGUCCCAAAGGAAUUAAUAAGAAAAUGUUGGCAGCAGUUUUAAAAAUCACAUAGGUUUAUCAUGUUUAUUUAUAUGUAUUUUGUUUGCAUACUAGAUUUUCUUAAUAGGAAAGGGGAUUUUCUUUCUCACAUGUGUCAGUGUUUCUUUUUUGUUUUCAGAUCUGUAGUCUUUAAUAUUAACAGCUCAAUAAAAGAAGGAUGAUCUGGA